AAGACGUCAAUGACCAAUACCCCUUUUACAUUGUAGAGUAUUAAUCUUCUGCUCGGCAAGAAUUGUGAGAUCGAUGCAAAAGACGCCAAUGACCAAUGUCCCCUUCAUAUCGCGGCGAGUAACGGUUCAGUGGAGGCUGCCCGCAUUCUGGCUCAUCACUCUCCCGAAGCGGUCUUCUCCAGGGAUUCGUACGGACAUACUCCAAUACACAAGGCCGCUUCUCAUGGCUACUGGAAGACGUGUGAAGCCCUUCUUAAAAAUAUGUCGUCAACUCGUCUCCGAGACUUGAACUUCCGGACACCGCUCCAUUCAGCAGUGACGUCUGGAUCCAUCCAAACGGUCAAAACAUUCCUUGGACGCACCAUGGACUCUAACGUCCUCCUGGAGAUGCAGGACAGUAACGGCAACACGGCGCUGCAUCUUGCGUGUGCAAACGACGAGGUAAAGAUUGUCAAGCUGUUAUUAGAAGAAGGAGCUGACGUCACUAUGCGAAAUAAAGACGACAAGACCUGCUUGGAUGUCGCGAUAGACUGGGAACGAACUGAAGUCGCUAAAGCUCUAAUCCAACAUGACAGAUGGUGGGAAGUCAUGUUCACUCGGAACUCUGCGGGCGAGCUGCCAAUGGUAGGCCUAAUAGAAGCUCUCCCAGACGUUGCCAAACUUGCACUUGAUCAGUGCAUUGAGCGCUGUCCACUCCCGACAUCCCAUCAAGACUACUGCUUGACUUUUCAUACGGUCCUACUAGACCCAGGCCCCUGCAAGGAGGGCCAGACAUCACGUGACGCCUCUGAAGUCAUGGUCGAGAACGACUGUGAAGAACUGCUGAGUCAUCCUGUCACUCAAGUGUUGCUAAGAUACAAGUGGUUUGCCUUUGGGAAGGUGCCGUAUUAUAUAAACCUGAUGGUGUUUCUCAUCUUCGUGAUUCUCUUCUCUUACUUUAUCAUAACCGAGCGGGACUCCUCUACGCUGUAUUACCUCACGCACCCUAAUGCCAGUGCCUUGGAGAAGCAGUACCUUGAGAAGCGACCUUCAUCAACGAACUCCAUAGCGAUAGUACUAAUUCUGUUCGCCACCAUUGAAUUUCUGAAGGAAUUCCACCAGAUCUUUAUGAUAAGACUGGACUACUUCAAAGACAUCACGAAUCUAGUCGAACUCGUGUUGUAUACUUGCGCGAUUAUAUUCAUCAGCCCGUAUCUGGCCGAGGAGCCGCUGUAUACAGCGGCUUAUGGGCAUUGGAACGCUGGAGUCGUGACUCUUUUCUUGGCGUAUUUGAACGUGUUAUUGUACAUAAAGCGUAUUGGAUCCUCCGGUUUGUACGUGACCAUGUAUUUCGAGGUGUGGUAUACCUUUCUUAAGGUCAUUACGGUGUUCUUGGUGGUGUUGCUCGGGAGUACGCUAGUCUAUUAUGUGCUACUUAAAGAAGAGGAUAACUUCAGUGGAGUGCAUUUCGCUUUCGUCAAGACGUUUGUGAUGAUGGUGGGAGAAAUCGACUAUAACGACGUGCUCUCCAGUAACGUCAUUAACAGGGAGGUGAACCCCGCCACAGGGGCCCCGUAUGUACCAUUGCCGCCUGUGACUUACGUCUUCUUCUUUGUGUUCGUGGUCAUGGUCCCGAUACUACUGAUGAACUUACUGGUCGGUUUAGCAGUUGGUGACAUUGAUGCCAUUCAAAAGACUGCUUCGUUCUCGCGACUGAAAGACCAGGUUAACUACGUGACUGACAUUCAGAGGCGAUAUCCGCUCAAGAUGAUAAGAAUGUUGUACAAAGAGAAGAUUGACGUUCGACCCAACAGGAACAGAUUCUGGAAAAGUAUUGUGGAUAGUGAAUAUCUUGACGAGAUCAUCGAUAUCGCCGAGUCAAGCGACAAUAAGAAAAGCAACGCGGAGCAUGGAGAAGAGAAUGAGGGACAGAAAGAGAAAAUACGGAACUUGGAACAGAAGCUGGACCACCUGACUCAGCUUCUACAGACCGCCAUAGCAAAGCUUGAGGCUCCAUUCCUCUCUAAGUUGUAAAUAGCAAUGCAUGCAUUCAUUAUAUUUAUUUCUUUAUUUUUAUCUCUACUUAUUUAUUUUAUCUUAUUUAUAUACCUUGACCGUACUUAAGACGAAUGCAAAAAGUGCGUUAAUAUUUCGCUAGCUCAGUACUCACACACUAGCCUUCUCCGCAGGCGUCUAAACCGCUUUUUUUUGCUAAAAAAAGAUAAACAACUUUUCGCUAGCGGGAGUUCUGUGGCGAGACAAAUUCUUUCGGGUUCGGUCCGCGUGCUCGCUGUUUUCUUGUGUUGUCUCGCAAGUAGAGAUGCCUGCAGACUAAACUACUCACACACCACGAUGCACAAAAUACGAGUAGCAAAGAUAAAAUAACAAUGAAAAAGUUUUUGUUUGUUUCUAUAUUUAAACGAGCAUACUGUCACGCGGAAAAUUAACGCAAGGUGAUGGGUUUCGCUAUUUUAUAACAUUUUUAUUUUAGACCAUAGUUAGGGGUCACGGGGAUUUGAACUCCCCCCAAUUGUAGGCGUUUCCACAUUGUUUUCAAGAGUUACUCGAGAGUCGUAAAAUUGAGCGCCUAUUACCGUUCCGUACGCAUUAACUAUCGGUAGAAAGCUUGAUCUGGUUUUACGAGCAGGUAACUCUAGGUAUCAUCUAGGUCCAAUGAAACUCUGGUAUAGCCAGGUUCAUUAUUAAGUAAGCGAAUGCAAAACUGAUUGGAAUGCUAUCAUGGCGUUGAUGCCGACGUGUGAAGCCUGCCAUGUCCACUAGCAUAGCAAGCAUGUAGUGUGUUACCUCCGUAGUCAAAUAAUUCAUACCAUCCCUAUAGUUUUCCGUGCUAUGUACUCUUAUACUCGUAUACACGCGUAUACACUUCACAACAUUUUGAUCAUGAGGUGGCGAAUAUCGUGGUGUAUAAAAGUACAUACCACGGAAAACUAUGGAGAAUUUGUAAUCAAUACUUAGGUCACGGAAGUCCAAGGGUAACUCUCUGCCCCCCCCCCCCCCCCCCCCCCAACCCCCCAACGGAACUCGCCUUUCGUACACCCAAAAACCUUAUCUAAACCAAGCUCGCUUUGCGGGGGUGUUAGUGAAGGUUUCCCGAAUGGACUUGCCGUCUUAGGAGCAUAUAAAAGGGAUGCGGUAGAUACCCCAAAAUUGCUUGUAAACUUCUUAUAGACCUUCGUCGUGUAACAACGUACAGAAGUAAAACCCCGUACACCAAA